AUGCCGCACUCAAAACAAGACCAGCAGGUUGAGACCAACCAAGAAGAACAAUUACUCGAAGCUUCCACUGAUAAAAGUGAUGCCCUGGUCCACACAGAGGAGCUUGAUUCAGCCAGCAGCACUGCAAUCAUUGAUCUCAUCCCUGAGAAAGAGCAUACCAAGUUUUCUAGGUUUGUUUCAUUUUUUUGGGAUGGUUAUAACAAAGAACCAAGAGAAAAGAGCUUUUUGAUUAAGCUCGACUUCUUUCUGAUGUCGAGUUCAAUGUUAGGAUAUUUUAUCAAGAAUUUGAAUCAGUCAAACAUAUCCACUGCAUACGUUAAUGGUAUGAAAGAAUACUUUGAGAUGGAUAAAAAUCAGUAUAAUUACAUGGUCACGUUGUGGACUGUUGGUUAUAUCCUUGGUGCUAUCCCAUCCAACUUGAUCUUACAAAGAAUAUCUGCAAGGUACUAUUUGGGUGGAAUGGAACUUACUUGGGCUCUUUUGACGGUUCUGAUGAUUACCUGUGGUAAACACCAAAUUCAUGCCAUGUACGGAAUCCGUUUUCUUGUUGGCUUUCUCGAAGGAGGAUACUUCCCUGGAUUGGAGUACUUGGUCGGAUCUUGGUAUAGCGCAAAAGAAUUAUCCAAGAGAUCAUCAUACUUUGCUGUCUCGGGUAUUGCAGCCAGUCUUGUCUCUGGUCCUUUACAAGAAAGAAUUUUACAGAAUUUCUCACACUCCAGCUUGCCACCUUUCAAAUGGAUGUUCGUGUUUGAUGCCGUGAUCUCUGUUCCAAUUGGAAUAUACACCAUGUUUGUGGAUCCCAACACGCCUACUACUACGAAAGCCUGGUACUUUAGCGAAACUGAUAAGAAAGUUGCACUGGAAAGACGUCGCCAGGUCGGGGCAGAACUGAAGACAAGACACACAUACUCAUGGGAUCGUAUUAAAGGGUUCUUUAAAACGUGGCACAUUUGGGUCUUCCCAAUUGUCUUCUUAUGUUACAACAACACUGGAAACGCUAUUUCUCAACCUACAUUCACCACAUGGAUGAAGGAAGAUUUAAAGCUUCCAUCCUCAAAAUACAAUACCUACCCGUCGAUAUUAUAUGGAGUCGCUAUUGCAGUUGCACUGAUAUUUUCCCAUGUGCACGAUAUUGCAGGCGGAGUUUACAAUUACUUCUUUGUCGGCUUAUACUUUGUUGUCCAGAUGCUAGGAUCAUCACUACUAUCUGCUUGGCAUAUUCCACGUCCUGCUCAUUGGCUUGCCUACUUUUUGGUUGGAGUUCCAACAGGAUGGGGUCAACCACAGAUCUUUUCAUGGGUUAACAGGCUGUUGGUCGCCAAUGAUAUGAAAAGAAAUUUUACUGUCGUUGUUACCAACACGCUGGCUUAUGUUACCAAUGCAUGGGUUCCAAUUCUUGUCUGGAAUGCGCAAGACGCUCCAGUCUAUCAUAUUGGGUUCACAUACAAUGCUUGUUUGAGUGCUUUAGGCCUUGUUGCAACCAUUGUUGCUUGGUAUUUCACCCAAAGAGACGAAGCAAGAACCAAGCUACCAAAAAGCGUCCAAAUUCCUUGA